AUGGCGGUCCGACGGUCAACACAGAACGUGGUCGCUGUCUUUGCUCUCAUCUUUGGGCUCCUGAUGGAAGGUCCUGCCGCCGCCUCCAUCAGCCUCACACCCCAUGCUUCCUACAAGAAGAAUUUCAAAUGGGCAAGUGGAGAACGGACAAAAAGGAGGGCCCGGUCGCAGCCCAACCCCCUCGUCGUGGUUUCCAAGACACUCCAGGAGGGCGUGGACUGCAGCUCCCUCUCGUCGGACCUGCAUCGGAACCACAUCAAUUCGAGCCUCAGAGUGCGCCCGACGUGGAUCCACAGGUCACAGCGGCUGGGCGAAUGCCCCACGAGGCUCGUGACCCGCGAGCUGCCACAGGGCUAUUUCCCACCGGUGGUGAUGGAGGCCAUGUGCGUGUGCGAGGGCAGCCGGUGCGCGGAGGACGGCCACCGCUGCGCCCGCGUCACCCACGACGCUCCCGUCUGGGUAAGGAAGGGCCGGAACUAUAAGAAGCUGGAGCCGAUCGAGCUCACCGUCGGCUGCGUUUGUGCCAAGAGGAUUCUGUCGGAGGAGCACGACAAUGUGGCGUCGCUCCCGGAGAGAUAGGUGCCGGAAGCCUCAUCUGGAAUGGCAACUGCUUCCGAGUGCGCGUUGUGACCAAGGGAAGCGAAUGCAUGUGAGUGUCUAAGCUCGGUGCGGCAAAGGACCCGCGACCAAGCUACCUCGACGCCAUUUCGCCGCUUCGAUGCGCUGGAGCUGAAAGGAAACGACGCUGCUUCGCUGUCGUCCGGCCUCGAAAAAGUGUCCAGCAAAGACAGAAACACUUGACAAAAGAAGAUGCACGUUUGAUGUUCAGACAACCUAUGAGUUGCGAUGUUUCACAAUAACUGGCAUGGAACAUGAUAAUCUGGCAGUUUUUAUAAAGAGACUAUACUUUGUCUGUGUCAUUGUUGAUUAACUAGAUAAUGUUAAAAAGUUCAUUAUAUUGUUGUUUCUGCUUAGACUCGCGUAUUUUCACAAUAAAUAUGACAAGGUAAAAUCAUAUAUCCGUGAAAAAGUGUAUUGACUAGUGACUCGUUUCACUUUUCCUUAGCAUCACUUAAACAUUAGAAAACACAUAUAACAGUAUAAUGGGCUUUUUAACACAGCUCCUCCUUCAUAUUCUCAGGUCAAAAGAUCUCUGUAGAUACUUCUAAGUGUACCUAUGAAAAAAUAUAUAUAUAUAUUUUGUUAAAUAGUUUACUGAAAGAGGAAAUGUAAGACUAAUAUAUUCAUAUAUUUUUAUAUAAGAUUUAUUCUCUUGUUAUCAUCAUCAUACGCCGUCAUACAUCAUUUCCGCUCUGAGUUUAUGACUGGCUCUUAGUAUCAUGAUCUUAAGACUGCCAGGAAUGUGUGUGUGUGUGUGUGUGUGUGUCUGUUUGUGUGUGUGUGUGUGUGUGUGUGUGUGUGUGUGUGUGUGUGUGUGUGUGUGUGUG